AUGAAUUUUCGUUUUUUAAUUCUUCUCUUAACUAUUACAUUUGCUUAUGAUAAAGUCAAAGCAGAAUAAUAAAUUGAGAAAAGCAUAACAUUAGAAGAAUCUAAGUUAAUAUAAGAGAUUACAUUUUCAGAAUAAUUUUUGGAAACCCCAGUUAUCUAUAUUACCUUAACAAAAUUAUCAUUGAUCAGUUAAAAAUACGGAUUUGAAAUUGAUGUUACUGAAGUUAAUACUAAAGGAUUCAAAAUAAUAUAUAAAAAAUACAUUGAUGAUCCAAUAACACUAUAAGUAUAAUGGUUAGCCAUUUUUGAUCCUAGAGUUGAAGUGGCUUAUUAUACAUCUUUUAAAUAAUAAUUGAUUAUUCCAGUAUUUGAAGAUAAUUUUGCAUAUUCAAUUAUAGGUGUACAAGGAAGUUCUAAUUAAGUUGGAAUUUAAGUUGAAAAAAUUGAUAAUGGAAAUGCUUAUUUAUAAGUUACAAAUUCUGUUAAGAUGAUAAAAUUAUGUAUAAUAUCUGGAUCUAAACAUACUUUAUAUCCUAAGUUUAUUCCAUUUUCUGUAUCUAAUAAUCAUCCUUGGCUUAAAGAACAAAAGGGAAAAGCAUUUAUUAGUUUUUCAUAUGAUCUAAAUGUUGGUAAACCAAUCUUAAUUGGUGGUAUAACUGAAUUUUUAUUCAAGAGUCAAUCAAUCAAAAUUCAAUUACAAAACAUAAAAUAUGAUGACAAAGUAUUAGCAGAAAUUGGAACUUGUAAUUUAAUUAAAUGAUUAUUAGGGAACGAUGCAUAAUUAGUGUCAGCCUAAGUCUCAAUCUUAGCUUAUAUUAUAGAUGAAGAUUUGAUAAUAUCAGAUAAGAAUUGUGUUGAAUUAUUUGAAUAAUGCUACUUUUAAGGAAAAACAAUAAAGAUAUGUAAAGAAGGAGAUGGAUAAAACUUGGGAACAGAAUUUAAAUUCAAAAGUUUUAUUGUACCUAGAUUCAAACAGUUUGAACUUAUAAAUAAUAAAGAUAUUCAAUAAUUAAUGGGAAUAGAAUCCUGUAUAGAUGAAAUGAUAUUGUAAUGA